AUGUUCCGCGCGUGCCGGUGUUAUAUGCAGAAAGUGCCGGACACAGUGUCGGACGGGCAUGUCGGUACUGGCAUGCUUGCCGCGACGUCGUUUGGGUGGGUGGCGAAACGGAUGGACCUGCUGACGGGCGAGAAGGGCUCUAGUGGGGUGAGCAUCGAGAACAUCAAGACAAAGGGGCUGAGGACGUUGCGCGACAACAUGGUGGAGUACAUCUGCAAGCGCAUCGCCGAAAAACGAUCUGCGGCGCCGACUUCUCAAGCCGUCGGACCCGCCAACAGUGCGAUUGAUGACGACGGCGCGGAAAGACAGACGGCGCCCCAAGCAGCAGUUGCCGCCCAGCAUCAGGGGGACGCGAGGGGUCCUGAAGACGACGUCGAGCAGUUGCGACGGGAGAACUGGUUGUUGAAGGCGGAGAAUGCUCGGCUGGAGACGUUGCUCAGAGAGGAGAAGGCUCGGUUGGACAGGUUUUUUGUUGGGAUACGUGGACUCAUCGACAAGCUGCAAGUUUUGGCCGACCAGGUCGCCGUGUCCGACCGGACUGCAGCGAAACGGCUGCGGGACGCGACGUCGGCCAUGUCGACGACCAUCACGGGCAACAUCACCAGCAGCUUUGACAAAGCGUGGAAGGCGAUGAAGUCCUUCGCGGAAAAGGCGCCGGCGUGGUUGUUGGACUUCGACAAUCCGGAGGGAAAUAUGGCAUAUGAACGGGCAAAAGCCGUCUCCGCCUUGGCCGACCACGUGGAUGGGGUGGUGGGCGAAGCGAAGAGGGGUUUGGAGGAAUACAUCUCCCAACACCUAUCUGCCGCGCAGGUCAACAUCGCCACCACUGUGACUCACAGCUUCGCCGUGCAGCCGCCGCCUCCGCCUCAGCCCACACCGCCCGCGCCAACGCCCGCCUUCCCGGACGAGCUCUUGAAGUCGUUCAAGGCGGACGUCUUGAAGGCGGUGACGGAGGCCACCCAGCAGUCGUUCGUUGCUUCCAGGAUGAAGAUCAUGAUCGAGAUGAUCGGCACUGUGGCGCCUGGUCGGCGUGGGUCGUCGCCGUCGGCCAAUGACGCCGAAGCCGCGCAACGGAGGGAGGCCGACAAGCAGGGCCAGAAGAGGGCGGGCGGCGGAGACGAUGCGGUCAGCGUGAAGCGGAGCAAGGGAGCGGACGGGAGCCGCGGUCCUGUCGGCUCAAAGCCUGCUGCUAAGAGCGUGGUCGACCAGCUGAAGAAGAAGGCGGGGUGGAAGGUCAUAAGGUCGUCGCACAGCAAAGGAGAUGGAAGCGGGGGGGCAGAGGGUGGCCAUGCCGACGAGGUUGCCGCUAAAGUCGCGGGACCGAAAGGCCUGCCUUUGGUCGCCGAGCAGACCCAUCCUCAAUCGAGCGGUGGGAAAAGCGAGAGCGACAAGGAGAUCCCAACUGCUCGGACGGCGAAAGAUGGCGGCGCCAGAACCGUCAAGGGACCGUCCGUCGUGGUGGUGGGGUCCACGUCGAUUCCCCGUAACCCCCCUGCGGCUAGCAGCGCGCCGGCCGACCAGUCAGCUUUCAACAACGAUGGGCCGGCCCUUAAGGCCCCUCCAGCUCCAGCAGGCCCGUCUGCCGCCAUGGGCGAGGCGAAGGAUGCUGCGGCUAGGGGAGAUGGUCCGUGCACCAAUAAGCUGCCCGCACGUGGGGACGCGCUCAGGGACUUGCUCCACCGCAUGGAGGCCCAUCGCAGGGACGUGUAG